AUGGAAAACAGCACUCUCUCUUUUUACUUUAACCUCACCAUGUUCAUGAGCAUUGGACACCACCGCUAUCCAGCCUUUGUCUUUUGCCUCCUGCUCUACGUCUUCAUUGUCUCUGCUAAUCUUGUCAUAAUACUGGUGAUAUCACGAGAAAGAACACUACACGAGCCCAUGUAUAUGUUUAUUGCAUUUUUGUCUUUCAACUCUUUGUACGGUUCGACUGGUUUCUUCCCCAGAUUCCUCAUGGACCUUCUGUCUGAUACUCAUUUAAUCUCACGUUCUGCUUGUUUCACUCAGAUCUAUGUUAUUUACACAUAUGCUUCCUAUGAAAUGACCAUUCUUGGCAUUAUGGCUUAUGAUAGAUAUGUGGCUGUUUGUCAUCCUUUACACUAUCACAGAAAGAUGAGCCGUAAAACUGUCUAUACAUUGGCAUUCUUUGCUUGGGCAUUUCCAGCAUGUAACCUUACAGUAAGCAUUAUUGUGGUUGUCAGGCUUCCUCUUUGUGGUAACAAUAUACAGAAGGUAUACUGUGCCAGCUGGAAUAUUGUAAAAAUAUCAUGUCUUCCCACUUCUGUUAAUAAUGUUGUCGCUAUGUUGGGGGCCAUAAGUAUGGCCUUCCUUCCCUUCAGUUUUAUCUUGUAUACUUAUCUGAGAAUUGUCAUUGCUUGUUGGAUAAACUCAUCAGAAAUCAAGGGGAAAGUAUUACACAGUUGUUUUCCACAUAUUAUUUCAUUUGUGACUUAUUCCAUCACGUCAUUUAUUGAUACUGCCUUGAGCCGACAAAAUCUUAAAGAGAUAAAUCCAAUCGUGGCUGUAAUUUUGUCACUAGAAUUUGUUGUCAUUCCUCCGGUUCUGAAUCCUCUUGUCUAUGGCCUUAAAUUACCAGAAAUUAGAAGACACAUUUUCAGGAUGCUAUGCAGAAAAACCCCAAACUAA